UCUUCUGUGUACGGUCACCUUGAGCUCUUGAAUUCACCAUGGAUAUGAACUCUACUGCUACUACUACUACGGCGACGACUAUGAUGAUGACGCCCUGGUUGCAUUUCAGUGGCGGAGACUACUUGAUUUUUAAGACUUGGAUGCCUGAGUCGAAAGGUGCAAUCGCCGGCGCUUGCAUUGGGCUGGUCGCAUUCUGUAUUCUUGAACGUUGGAUUGCGGCGUUCCGGCGUCAAAUGGAGAUUCAAUGGGGGUCAAGAGCGCUUGCGCUAAUCUUGCGAAAGCAGUGUAAUUCAAAUGAUGUCGACGAUAAACCCAAAGACCCCUCUGAUAAGAUAGAUGUAAUUGAAGAAGGAUGUUCCUCUCUUCCAGCCACCCCAGUGACAGUCCGCAGUCGCCCGAGGCUUGUGCCUCCCUUCAUUCCCAUGCAUGAUAUCAUACGGGGGGUAUUCCAAGCUGUUCAAUCACUGUUUUCGUACACCCUGAUGCUGGCCGUCAUGACGUUCAAUGCCUCGUAUAUCAUAUCCAUCGUUUUGGGUCUUGCCAUAGGCGAAGUUUUGUUCGGGCGAAUUGGUCGGGUUUAAUUCUAUCUGACACACAGUCUGUUUUUGAUUACUUUGUUGCUGGGUCCUUGCUAUCAGUCGCUUUCGUGUGGGUAGCUUCAUGGUUGCCAAUUAUGUAUUAAUUUUUGUACACUUCUCAUUCUUGUAAUCUGACAGUCGACUAUGCAACCCAUAAGUACUCUUACAGUGGGAACCUGAUUCAUGUUCCAGGGCAGCUCAUGAUCCCAUGUGAUCAUGCGAUUUGUCGCAUCGGAC